GUGAGCUGAGAGAGAAAACGCAACAACAUCCAGAACAGCUCCAAAACAUACAGGUGAAAGAACUAACCUCACAGCUAUUGAAUUGUUUUUAAUUGAAAGUUCCUUAGCCAGUGUCAAGCAAGGACUGGACAAAUGACGCUGGAAGCAGAAAAGGCUUAUGAUGGGAUGGAGCUGUUGGACCUGCUCUUCGAUCAGAAUGAUGGGAUUUUGCGUCAUGAGGGCUUUGGGCAACACAACUGCCCAAGCUGGCCAACUACAGAGCACAGUUUGCUGAGCCCUGCGGAGGGGAGCGACGAGUUUCUCAGUGCUCUGCUCGGCGGCAGUGACUCCGUCUCUGGCUCCCCCCUGUGGUCGCCGGCUGCCAGUGAUAGCGGGAUCAGCGAGGACCCGCAGUCUGACCAGCUGGACAGCCCCCCGCCGUGCCGACCCCCAGACAGCCCCCACCUCAAGCCCCCCUACCCGCCUGUGGCCCCAACAUCUCAACACCCCCCCCCAGCCCUGCCGCUGGACUCCCAGGAGCCUGACGUCUCCAUUGACCUCGGGGGCUGGGAGUCAGGGUUUUUCGUGGAGAGACCCUCCAACGGCUCCCACCUGGGUGAGGACCAGAAAGCCCAGGGCGUCCAGAGAAUUCAGAUGUUAUCCAGUUUCCCACUGACCGUCAAGGACCUGCUGCUGUCCAGCAGCUCUGAGCCGCCCCAGCAGCAAUCCCAGCAGCCCUUCCAGGAGCUGGUCCUCAACGAGGACGAGAAGAAGCUGCUGGCCAAGGAGGGCGUGAGUCUGCCCAGCCAGCUGCCUCUGACCAAGUAUGAAGAGCGCAUCCUGAAGAAGAUUCGGAGGAAGAUCCGAAACAAGCAGUCUGCCCAGGAGAGCCGAAAGAAAAAGAAGGAAUACAUUGAUGGCUUGGAGAGCAGGAUGGCAGCUUGCAGUGCCCAGAACCAGGAGCUACAGAGGAAAGUGUUUCAACUGGAGAAACGCAACUCGUCUCUGAUGGAGCAGUUGCGCAGACUGCAGACACUGGUUAUGAGCAGCUCCAACAAGACGGCCCAGACUGGCACUUGCAUUAUGGUGCUCCUGCUGUCUUUCUCCCUCAUCCUGUUCCCCUGCCUGCGCCCCUUCUCCAGCAGCACCGUGAGCCAGGAGGGAGACUUCAGCCCCGUGAGAGUUCAGUCACGGUCACUGCACGACGUGGAGUCCUCUCGGGUGUCCCACGCCGUAGCUCAUGACCGCGCCCAUUCCGCGCCAGAGCCGGGCGGAGCAGCUCCCGGGCCCUCAGGGGAGGAGGAGGGGAAGAUGAUGCCACCGUUCGGCAAGCUGAGCCAGGGGAGUGGUCUCCCUUUCGCUGACUUUGCCUCCACCCACAUCAACCACACCCAUGACGUGGAGGAGCGCGGCCAUCACCAGGGCGACCCCAUCACGGGCCACGUUGCCACGGUGAGCUGGACUGAGCAUCAUGGGGGAAAGACGCCCCUCCCUAAUCACGCCGAUGAGAUGUGAGGAGACGAGAGAGCACCUCCUCACAUCUCAUUUAUAAAUACACUGAUGUUGCUUUUGUGUUGUUAAUAUUAUUUUUUAUCUGCUAAGCUUCUUGUAUUUUAUUAUUUUUUUUUAUAAAUAUCUGUUAAAGUUGCAGCGAGAUAUCAUCCCGGUGCCCGUUUCAAUGAAAAUCUUCAAAGUAAAUCCAAGUAUUUGAUCUGACGAGCAACCAAUUUGAAUUGUCAUGUUAACAUUGUUUGCAUCUAGGUGUCAAGCAGAAAAUCAGCCUGUAAAUGAAAGGAAGUAGCUGAACGCAGGAAGAAAGGAUUAAUUUUCUUCAUGCUAUGAAAAAUGCUGAUCUUGCUCUUCGAGAGUUUGCGAGCAGAGCAUAUUUCAAAGUGGAAGUUGCUUAGUGCUGGCCUUGAAUGAACUUGUGCCUGUUGAUGUGGAGCAUUCACACAGGGUCUGAUGAGGAGAGGCAGAGAGGGUGGCUGGAGGGAGUGAGAGAAAAGGAGCUCCUUUUUGUCAAACACAGUCAACGUGUGGCACCGAUCGGUUCAUCUCUUCUCAACAGGUCAAAAUCCCGUCCUUCGCUGUCCAGCUCUGCUUUUUUGUGAAUUCAAAUUUAAAACACACCAAUGAAUGCAUGUGUUAGUUAGACAGGUUUAGUCCGUUUACAAUAAUACUACACACUCGUAACAAAAACACACAAACAAUCAGAUACAAGUAAAUGAAUAUGUGCCAGUUAAUUCAGUUAAACACAACACUGUCAUUUCCUACAGAAUGAUGGGAGUUAAUUACUGUAGUUUAAUUAAGUUUGGGCCAAUAUGGUGACUCAGGUGCAAGAGUGCCUUAACAGCUGACAGCUUCUCUUUCUCCUGUGAACUCCAGGUUCAAUGUUAAUGACACCUGUAUGAGAUUGUGGGUAUGUGGUGUUGGUAGGGAACAAAGGUUUUCACUGUUUAAAUAUUUAAAAGUUGUUUUUUUUUAAAUACCCUUUUCUUCAUCCUACAGAAUUUAAGUGUCCUGUACUUAUUUUUUUUUAAAUUGUGAAAACAAAAAUAAAAAAAACAACAUCAAA